AUGUCCUGUUGUACAAAAGGAAUAGAAAGGUGUAACGUUUUAUUUAUUUUUUAAUCGACACGAAACGAGAAGAGUUUUUGUUAAACAAUGAGGAUUAUAUGAGAACUGGAACUAUAAUCAGAUUAUGAAACGCUAGGAAUAUUAUUAAAGGAUUUUAGUUUACAUUAAGAUUAGUAUAUAAGUCUGUUUCAAAAUGUGGUCGUCUCAGCCGAGCUCCAAUUCUUCAAAUAUUAAAACUUUGGGGAUGACUUCAGCUAUUUCUACAGCCACACCGAAGGCUUUGGAUUUACAAAAGACACAAGAAUUACAAGAUGCUUUAACUCCUUUCAAAGUUUUUGAAUCUGAACAGGAGUUAAAUCAUCGCAUGCAGCUUUUAUCAAAAUUAAAUUCACUAGUUAAAGAAUGGAUAAAAGAUGUUUCAAUCAGUAGAAACAUGCCUGAAAAUUGUGCCCAACAAGUGGGUGGUAAAAUAUAUACUUUUGGAUCUUACAGACUUGGGGUGCAUCAUAAGGGGGCUGAUAUCGAUGCUUUAUUAGUUGCUCCAAGACACAUAGACAGAUCUGAUUAUUUCACAUCAUUUUUUGAGUUACUUAAACAGCAGCCUGAAGUGACAGACUUACGAUCUGUUGAAGAAGCAUUUGUGCCUGUGAUAAAAAUGAACUACGACGGUAUAGAGAUAGAUUUAUUGUUUGCUAGAUUAGCCUUAAAGGAAAUUCCAGAUAAUUUUGACCUGCGAGAUGAUACUUUGCUAAAAAAUUUGGACCAGAAAUGCGUGAGGAGUCUGAAUGGUUGUCGUGUUACGGAUGAAAUUUUAAGACUUGUUCCUAAUAUUGAAAAUUUUAGACUGGCGCUGAGGGCUAUUAAAUUAUGGGCAAAGAAACAUGGAAUAUACUCCAAUGUCCUCGGCUACCUCGGUGGUGUCUCCUGGGCCAUGCUGGUGGCCCGAACUUGCCAACUCUAUCCAAAUGCAGCAGCUGCCACACUAGUUCAUAAGUUCUUCCUGGUGUUCUCACAAUGGAAAUGGCCACAACCGGUGCUUCUUAAACAGCCCGACAACGUAAACCUUGGAUUUACAGUCUGGGACCCCAGAGUAAAUGUCAGCGAUCGAAAUCAUCUGAUGCCCAUCAUCACACCGACUUAUCCACAACAGAAUUCCACUUAUAAUGUUUCUUUGUCGACCAGGAAGGUUAUGAUGGAGGAAUUUAGAGCAGGUUUACAGAUCACAGAAGAAAUUAUGUUGGGUCGACAAACUUGGGAUAAAUUGUUUGAAGCACCGAAUUUUUUUUCAAGGUAUAGACAUUUUAUAGUGUUAUUAGCUUCUUCGUCGACACCGGAGGAUCAAUUAGAAUGGACUGGACUUGUUGAAAGUAAAAUUAGAAGAUUAAUAGGCAAUUUAGACAGAAAUCAGCACAUAACAUUAGCACACGUGAAUCCCGAAAACUUUGGCCAAGUAGAACAAAUGGACUCAUCGAGUUCGGAAAAACAGUGCUGUUCGAUGUGGUUCAUAGGAUUAAUGUUCGAAAAAACGGAAAACCUAAACGUAGAUCUGACUUACGACAUUCAAAAUUUCACCGAAUCAGUACUGAGCCAGGCAGUUAACAUACAUAUCUUAAAAGAUAGCAUGAAGAUUGAAGCUCGGCACGUGAGGAGGAAACAACUUAGCCAGUAUUUAAGUCCUAGUUUGUUGAAACGCGAACGCAAAUCGAGCGGUUCUAGUAUUAGUGUUGAUAAGAAGAGGAAAAGUUUGACGGAACAACAGUUGGCCGAUCCGAAGAAGUUGAGGGUCGAAAUGACGGAUGAAAGUCCAAACAGUUCAUUGGUUUCAGCAAACGAUGAUAGCAAUUCAAGUUUUGGCCUGAGCGGUUCACAUGUGGAAUUCAAUGACGAAAACAGCAGCACUGCUGACAGUACAACUCAAAACACAAACACGACGACAAAAACAGAAAUCACAACCUGUUCUUGAGAUAAAAUAGAUCUAUUAAGUAAUUUUUAAGGUAAUAAAAUACGUGCAAGAGUUAUAUAUCUAUAUAUAUAUAUAUAUAUUUGUGACAAAGAAAGAUGUGUGCUCGAUUGCUCUUUUAUUACAACAAAAGCUGAUUUUAAGUU